UACCAACAUCGACAAAAUCAUACCGCCAAUGUUAUUGUUUUUGAAUUGCAAUGCGGAUAUUAUCCUCAAAACAAAAUGUUUGUGCUAGCUGAAAUGAAAGACGUAAUCAGAAUUACUCCAGAGCACUUCCAUCAAAGUUUAACGGAAUCUAUUACAACAUUACUUAAUAGGAAACUAGCAAAUAAAGUAGUAUUAAAUGUUGGAUUAUGCAUAGCUUUAUUUGACAUCAAAGACAUUGGACAUUCAUAUAUAUUUCCUGGAGAUGGUUCAUCUCACACUGAAGUAAAAUUUAGAUAUAUUGUAUUCCGACCUAUUGUUGAAGAAAUACUUAUAGGAAAGAUAAAAAAUUGUAGCCGGGAAGGUGUGCAUGUGACCCUAGGAUUUUUUGAUGACAUCUUAAUACCAGUGAAUGCCUUACAACAUCCAUCUAGAUUCGAUGAAACUGAUCAGGCUUGGGUGUGGGAAUAUCCAAAAGAAGAUGGAGAGAAACAUGAUUUGUUUAUGGACUCAGGAGAGUCAAUAAGAUUUCGCAUUACAAGUGAAGCUUUUGAAGAAAGUUUACCCACUGGGCCACCUGGCACAGAGUGCACAAUACAAACAGUAGCACCUUACAGAAUAGUAGGAGGGAUCAAUGAGCCUGGCCUAGGCCUGUUGACUUGGUGGGAGGCACCAGAGCAAGAUGAUGCUGAUGACAAUGAAGAACAAGAAAAUGAUGAAUAAAAAAUCUAAAAAGUUUA